AUGGCGGGCGCUCCCCGCGCGCUGCUGCUGCUUUGCCUUUGCCUCAGCUGGAGCCUGCUGGUGGCCCCCGGGGAGCCGGCGCUGGAGCGCACGGGCGGGCUGCGGAAGAGAAGCCGGGCGGCGGCGUUGGCGUUGGCUGCAGGUGACCAGCCCGCCCCGCUCGUCGUCUCCCCAGAGGACAAGGUCUCGGAACACAUGCUCCGGCUCUACGACCGGUACAGCGGCGGUCGGCCCGAGGAGUCGGCGCCCGGCGCGCCGCAGCUGCUCCACCUCCGCGAGGGCAACACGGUGCGCAGCUUCCGAGCGCUGCCAGCAGGGAUCCCUGGCAACAAAGAAGUUCGGGUUUUUAACCUAACCUCCCUCACCAAGUCUGAAAACAUCUUGUCUGCUCUGUUGCAUUACUAUGUUGGGGAUCUCCAGAACAGUAGCAAUAACUGCCCUCAUAUCAAGGGCUGCUCUCGCCAUGGCCACAGGAAGCCUGACAUGCAGAUCAGCCUCUCGCUGUUGAGUUUUCCUCCAUCGGGAAACCAAACCCGGACCCUGGGGCAUUACUCCAUCAACGUCUCCACUGCUUUCCGGGACGUCCUUUCUUGGCAAUGGAAGAACAUAACUCAAGUCUUGAGCAAGGCAAAGCAAAACAAUGACCUGCUCAUUGGAGUCAAAAUGGCCGCCGUCGGCUGGCACACCUGGAAGAACAUGCAUCCCAGCUACGAGCCGUACAUUCUCGUUUACGCGAAUGACUCUGCGAUUUCGGAGCCCGAGAGUGUCGUCUCCAGCUUGCAAGGGCACUGGAGCCCGCUUCCAGCCAGCUUCCCCAAAUUAGACAGCCAUUUGAAACGCGGGCUGGGAGAACGGCGGCAAAAGCGCUCCGCCAGUGUCUUGCUGCCUUUGCAGAACAACGAGCUCCCGGGCGCCGAGUACCAGUACAGCGAAGACGAAGGUUGGGAGGAGAGGAAGCACUACAAAACGCUGCAGCCCCGGCUGGCGGAGAGGGCAAAGAACAAGAAGAAGCAGAGAAAGAACAACCACCAGAAAAGCCAGACGCUGCAGUUUGAUGAGCAGACCCUGAAAAAGGCAAGGAGGAAGCAGUGGAAUGAGCCAAGAUACUGCACACGGCGCUACCUCAAAGUGGAUUUUGCAGAUAUUGGCUGGAGCGAAUGGAUUAUUUCCCCUAAAUCUUUUGAUGCUUAUUAUUGCUCAGGUGAAUGCCAGUUCCCGAUUCCAAAGGCCUUGAAGCCCUCCAACCAUGCAACUAUCCAAAGCAUUGUGAGAGCUGUGGGUGUGGUCUCUGGGAUUCCAGAGCCUUGCUGCGUCCCAGACAAGAUGUCGUCUCUCAGCAUCUUAUUCUUUGAUGAAAACAAGAACGUGGUACUCAAAGUCUACCCAAACAUGACAGUGGAAUCCUGCGCCUGCAGAUAACACCCUCCCCUGCAACCCAAGAAGCCUUAUCUUAAAAAACACCUCCUGCGUUGACUUUGUUGCUUAACAGUUCUCCCCACCUGACCCCAUUUUGCACUGCCAAUGCAUUUCAUUCUCCAAAGAGUUUUAAACAAGUAUGAAUGAAAAGAUGUGCAGGAGCCAAGAAGGAACACACCAUAGGUUGCCACAAUGUGGAAGGACUAGACUGUAACUUUCUUACUGUGAGAAUAUGGUGGUGGGGGAAUGGAAAGCUCAGCACCAGUAAAGUAAGCAACAAACCUUGUUGUUGCAAGCUAUGCAUGGGGGGGGGGAAUGAAAUCUGCAAAGAACUUGUCAAGAUGAUAUGAAGAUUGGCAGGAAGACCAUUUCGUAUAUUUCUGUACAAAGCUUUGUAAAUGGUUCAUCAAAACUGCUGGUUUUUUCAAUCCACUCUUUUAGAAUCUAGUGGUGAAGGAGAUUUAAGAUAUAUGUUAUGCGUCUGAAGCAAAGCUUUCUGCCUUAGGUUACAGGAGAACUUCCCAAAGUGCUGAACAACACAAUCGGUUCUGACAUACGCAAAGAACCUAAGAAAAUCCAGUGUAAGGUGUUUAUUUCCCUGUUGUGGCAUGUCAGAAGGGCUCUGUGUUUGUGCGUGCCUCUACACAGACAAGGGCUUCCUUUCGCAGAGUAAUGGAAACCUUUAUGUUGCAAUCAAAAAAUAUUCUUCUCUUUGCAUAUCUACUAAAGAUCAAUAUGCACGGGCAGUCAAUCCAACAAAAUCCUACUCGUUGACCUAGUGCUGGUCUUUGCAGGAAUGUGGAAGAGAAAAGUAGGGGACUCCCAGGAGGUUGCUAUGGCCCUCCAGAUGUUGCUGUACAACCCCCACCACCCCUGGCCAUUGGCCAUGCUUGCUGGGGCUGAUGGGAGUUGGAGGUCAGCAACAUUUGGAGGGCCAAAGGUUACCUACAACUUCUUUGUGCAAUGGACAGCUCCUAGCGCUGGUAGUUAAGCCCUGUCAGGUGUGAUUUAAACAUGAUCAUGUGUGUAUGCAUUUUUCAGCUUCCUGGUGCGAGGUUCCACGUGCUCAGUGACAUGUAUGAACCUGAUCACUAGCACUCAUGUAUGCAGUUUCAGCCUGCUAGAAUCGUGUGUUUGUAAGGAAUGGCUACUUGGCAUGCUAAUGUCAUGUGCACAGGUGCCUGCAAGCCGGUUGAAAUAAGAAUGGAAGGAGAACCGUGCUGGAUCAGGCCAAGGGGUCAGGGAGAGGCUGAUGGGAAAAUCUCAAGCAGGAUCUGUUCUGGCCACCUGCAAUUCCCAAGCAGGCAGCAUACAAAAUCCUUAAUGCCCAGAGCCCUGCCUGGGUCAUCCUCCCCACCCCCCAAAAUGUGUUGCAGCACAUUUAGAGCAGCCCCCACUGUUGAGGAACGGAGUGCAGUUCCUCCCCAAAACAGCACUGGCGCAAGGAGAGCUUGAGUUCACCAAAGCCAAUGAGCAAACUGAUACAAAAUCACCUGCCAGGUUCCAAUUACAGCAAAACCACAUUUCCUGAUGUGGACCACGAAAAGCUGCAAACAUUUGGACAAAAAAAAGGUUGCAUCCCAUAACAGAAGAUUUACUCAUGGCUGCAACGAAUUCCUGGAUCUUGCACUUUUGAAUUUUCUGCCCUGUCUACUCCCUCCCUGCUAGCAAUGGCUUUCUCACGUAAUUCUUGAUCAAGCUGUCCCUGCGCUGGUGCUACGUAUGAAAUCAUGAAAGCUGAGCGACGUCCACUUUCAUAGCUUUAGAGCAAUACUGCGCAGACGUAUCGAGUGUAGCACAAGGCCGCUAAACUGCAUAUCCAUGAGCUCAGCUUUAUUCAGUGGAACCAAAGACUAAGCAGAGGUUGAGUCAUUAGCACAUGACCUUCUGGAAUUAUAAACUAUCCAGCCUGCAAUCAUGUAUCAUGGCUAGGCAAUUGGAUUAGCAGGCAAAUAGGUUGAGAGUUAUUUGGUCUCAUGCUUGCAGAUGAAAAUUGGGGAGUAGCAUCUCCUUUCCUCAGAGGAAGUCGGUGCUGAAUGCAAUGCGUGCAGAUGUGUGCGCUUUGACCACACUACCUGGAAAGGCCAGCGCUUGGGAUGGACUUUGACAUAUGAUUGCUAUGCAUCUCACAGAAGAUACGAAGUGCCUUCCAGUCUCUGCCAAUAAAACACUGUGCAUCUUUCUUGUAUUCAAGCAAAGCUCUAGAGCUUGGAAUGGAGCGGAAAGCUUUCAUUUCCAACUCACUAGAGUUAUCUUGCAGCUCCAAAGGGUUGGUUCCUCUUGCUGGGGAGCUGACAAUAUUAAGCUAUCUCCUUUCCCAUUUUUAUUUUAAAUUAAAAUAAGACUUUGUACAUUUUUAUUUUUAUUUUGCUUAGGAAUUGUAAUGCUUGUACAGUUGGCGUCAGUAAAGUUAAAAGGAAAAAAAAACAACUCCAGAGGAUAUUUGUAUAUAGAAAGAAGCUUCUAUUCAUGCCUUUAAUUUAUUUUAUGUUUGUUGCCUUCCUGUGUGUUAAUUAAUUUCCACUUUUUAGUAUUCUCAAAAACAUUGGUUUUUGCAUUAAUUUUACAAAAUUAUGUAUCUAUGAUUAGUGGAGCUGCAUGCCAUCGAAACCAAAUUUACGGGAUGGAGGCACACUGAGAAGGGACACUUUUCACUACUGAUGUAUAAGCUUGCCUGACUUGUAUUUGAUUAUCUCCUUCAGUAAUAGGAAUUUUUCACUGCAAACUACUAUGUACAAGUAAAAAAAAAAUUUUUUUUUAAUGUGAA